GUAUUUGCCUGGGCUUUUCAGGACAGGAAGAUGCCACCCAAGCGUGUGGCUAAGAAAAGGUCACCCCCAGAAGAUGCUCUCCCCAAAAGCAAGAAAGUGAAGGACCCUCGUAACCAGGCAGUGAGGGCCGGUGCUUCCCACCGAGUUCCAGGCGCCCGCUACACCCAAGGUGCCUGCAGGCCGAGCCCUGCCAACCAGAAAACCCGACCAGUCUCACAUAGGUCCCACCGCACAGAACCGGGCUUGGUGCUGACACUGGGCCAGGGUGACGUGGGCCAGUUGGGGCUGGGCGAGAAUGUGAUGGAGAGGAAGAAGCCAGCCCUAGUAACCAUUCCGGAAGACAUUGUACAGGCUGAGGCUGGGGGCAUGCACACCGUGUGUCUAAGCAAAAGUGGCCAGGUCUACUCCUUUGGCUGCAAUGAUGAGGGUGCCCUGGGAAGGGACACAUCAGUGGAGGGCUCAGAGACGGUUCCUGGGAAAGUGGAACUGAAAGUGGAACUGCAAGAGAAAGUGGUACAAGUGUCAGCAGGAGACAGUCACACCGCGGCGCUCACCGAGGAUGGCCGCUUCCGGGACAAUAAUGGUGUGAUUGGGCUCUUGGAGCCCAUGAAGAAGAGCAUGGUACCUGUGCAAGUGCAGCUGAGUGCGCCUGUGGUGAAGGUGGCCUCGGGAAACGACCACUUGGUGAUGCUGACAGCUGAUGGUGACCUCUACACUUUGGGCUGCGGGGAGCAGGGCCAGCUGGGCCGUGUCCCUGAAUUAUUUGCCAAUCGUGGUGGCCGGCAGGGCCUUGAACGACUCCUGGUCCCCAAGUGUGUGAUGUUGAAAUCCAGGGGAACCCGUGGCCAUGUGAAAUUCCAGGAUGCCUUCUGUGGCGCCUACUUCACCUUUGCCAUCUCCCUCGAGGGCCAUGUGUAUGGCUUUGGCCUUUCAAACUACCAUCAACUUGGAACCUCAGGCACAGAAUCUUGCUUUGUACCCCAGAACUUGACAUCCUUCAAGAACUCUACCAAGUCCUGGGUGGGCUUCUCUGGUGGCCAGCACCAUACAGUCUGCAUGGAUUCAGAAGGAAAAGCAUACAGCCUGGGCCGGGCUGAGUACGGGAGGCUGGGCCUGGGAGAGGGUGCCGAGGAGAAGAGCAUGCCCACCCUCAUCCCCAGGCUGCCCAUCGUCUCCUCAGUGGCUUGUGGGGCCUCUGUGGGAUAUGCCGUGACCAAGGAUGGUCGUGUUUUUGCCUGGGGCAUGGGCACCAACUACCAGCUGGGCACAGGACAGGAGGAGGAUGCCUGGAUCCCCGUGGAGAUGACAGGCAAACAGCUGGAGAACCGCCUGGUUCUGUCUGUGUCCAGCGGGGGCCAGCACACAGUCUUACUAGUCAGGGACAAGCAACAGAGCUGAUGAAGCUUCUAGGGCCUGGCUCCCGGCCCCCCCUCCCUCCUGGAACACAGAAGCUGUGAUGACUACAGACUCCAGCAGGCCUUCCCCAGCCCCAAGUACUUUGUCAUCACCUGCCUUUUUUUCCAUCCACGGAACAGAAUCACUUUCCUCUUUUUUAUUCCUCUCUGGAAUUAGCCUGUAACCUAUAGGAUGGAGAGGGCGGAAUGGAAGAGGGGAGUGGGUUUUGUUGGAAUGUUUGAUUCCCACACCCUGAGGAGUUGGGGCUCCAUCGAGCCCUACUCUAGUCAUGUGCCACUCUUAUGUCCUUCACAAUCCACAGGCAGACCGAUGGUACAGUUGUCGGACCCAGCUGUCAGCACCUAUGCCUGGGGGAAACUGGAGAAGGGGCAGGGCUACCAGCCAUGGGCAAGCCCAAGCCAAAUAUUUGGCCCUGAACAGGUGUCCAAAGGGGCAAAUAAAGAGUGAUCCUCCACUUGAUCAAGAAAAAGGCCAAUCAGCUUUUCUCCCAGAAGCACAAGUGUUCUGUCCUGCACGGCCCGUCCACCUGCCUCACCUGCCUGAAGUCUGGACAGGAAGCUGGCCUGCAGUGCAGGACAUGGGGGCGAGGGAAGGAGGGUUUUAUAAACAAACAGCAAUAUCGAGAGUGAAGGGAGGGCAGGGAAGAGGGUUGGAUGGGCAGAGACUGGUUCCCAGAAAGGGAAGCAGAAGCUUGUACCGCGUCUGAGAAAAUAGCAAGCAGGUUUUUUUUUUAAUGUAAAGUAUUUUAGAAGAGAGAGUGAAAUCUUUUAACAUUUUGAAUAAAUUUAGAGUUUUAUAAAACAGGCCA